AUGUCAAUCAUAGAUGAUGAAAAAUUUAAUAUUCUUUCCCAAGAUCUUCUCGUGUACAUAACACAUCUCGAGGAAGCUUUUAUCAGCAUUGAGGAUUCGGAGGAAAAAAUAAUUAUACAGGAAUGGUUAUUUAUGAUCCUCGAACAUCUCCACAACGACGUAGACGAGGCUCGUAUCCGGAAUAUGGCGCUGAGCCAAAUGUUAAUGGACAUAGAGAACAAUAAACUGCGGACUCCAUUCAAUGAGAGACCGUCCUGUCGAUCUUACGCCGAGCUCGUUGAGUGGUUGAAGACCGCGUUGGAUCAAAACGCGACCUUGGAAGACGGAGACGACGAUGAAAUUGAAGAUGUCCAGGAACCCGAAAACCGGGAAAUGGACGUUGCCGAAUUUGACAAUUUGAUGUCUGCCGAUAAUCGGACCUACGUAGCCAUCCGCACUUUACCGAAUGGCGGUGGCAUAUUUGGAUACAUAGCUAUUUCAAUGGGCGAUGGUAAGGACACACAAUGGCUAGAUUGCAAAGGCAAGCCGAUGUCUACACCGGUGCCAUAUAAUUUGCGCGUGGAACAAAUAAAAUCGGAUGUCCAGCAAGAAUCGAUGCUCGAGGAGACGGACGCUAAACAGGUGUGGGACGUUUUGAGAAGCAGGAAAUCGAUAUGUCUAAGAAACGAAUUUUACGAUUUCUACAAAACGCUGUACGAAGACGUCCAACAAGAAAUGGUGGCUGAAGCGGAUACGUGUGUAAUCAGAAAGUGUUCCCAUCCGUUUAUCAAUAAGUUACUCGAAUAUCUUGUGGUUGACUUGAAAGCUAUCGGCGUAAGCGAUCUCCAAAUAUUUAACAAAAUCAAGUUGCUUUCCAUACUGAAAAAGCAAAUAAAAUCUGUAAUAUGCCAAAUAGAGAAACGAACUGACAAUCUGGAAACCGCAAUGAAAGUCUCGACGAUUUCACCCAUGGAUUUAUUAUCAACAAAAUGUUGUUAUAGCUUUAUAUCUUCCACUCUUUGGAAUGAAUUGCAUCAACAACGACCUGGGACUAAGUAUAUAGAUAUACUGUCAUAUCAAUAUCCUCAAUAUUUCUUACCAAAAUAUUUUUCAGUGUUAAUACAACAAAAGAAAAAGAUAUUGAACAAUAUCUCUAGGAAAUAUUGUAAGAUAUUGGAUGAAAUGUUCGAAGAUUUAGGAGCUUCUAUUAUGUCAAACAUGAUGAAGUACAAAGACGCACAUUGGGAAUGGCAUUUGGCCCAAGAAAUUGUCGAUGCUUACAACAAAGAAAAGGCUUUUAAAGAUAGCUUGUGUUCAGUUGAAAGUUCUGUUGAUGAAUCAACAGAAUCGUUUUUGGCAAUUCUUUUAAACGAAAUAGACAUGUCUCUACAAAAAUUAAAAGCAACAGAGAAAAAGAAUAAUCUAUUGGUAGAACAAUUAUCCAAAAUGAGAAAUGAAAUACUGGAUAAGGAACGAAUAUAUACACGAGUGUUGAUGGAGUUUGAAGAACAAAUAGGUAAAUUGAAAAAACAAAUCAACGUCGAAAAACGCGAUAUAGUGAUUAGAGAUAACACUAUUGCGGAGCUUCAAAGAAAACGCAAAGAAUUAUUAAAAAAAGCAUAA